CAAAAAGCUCCAGGGAGCCCAACGCCGAGGUCUCCUGGGCGGACGCCGUGCCGCCGCGCCAGUGCACGUUAGCUCUGAUGAACGCGCAGAAAUUAGCUUUAUACCGCGCUGGAAGUUUUGCAGAUCGCUGUGCUAACAAAUCCAGACACUGCCGGUGUGUUUACGCUAAUUCUCAUCCGACGGGAGAAAUAACACGUUUCCCUGUCGGUCCCCACAGCCUCAGGAACACUUAAGCGGGGCGCGGCGGUCCGGGGCGCGGCCGGUGCGGGACCGGGGCCAGAGCUGCGGUACGUGGAGCUCGACGGCGGGUGUUACCGCUAAAACCGGGUAGAGGGAACAGGUAUAAAGACACGCGGAGAGUGCCGAGCACCUCUUCUCCCGCCGCUGAGGCGCUCGCCGUGGGUACCGCCGACACGGAGCGGUAUCUGCGUGUCGGGGUUUCUCUACCCGCACCAACACACCCGCGCUGUUUGGGGCUUUCUGUGGCCGUUAUCCGUACCCAGGCACCCACGCCCUCGCCGGGGCCGGGCGGGUGUACCGGCCAGUAGAGCACUGGCUGGCACAUCUCGGUGUCCGGGGCCCUCGCCCGACGGCGGCGACAGCGAUAAGCAGCGGGUCCCGGCACCGGGCUGGGAACAAAGACACGGGGCUGGGGACGGCAGCGGACGCGGUAACCAGGACGAUGCAGCCUGGCGGCGAGGGGAGAGAGAGAGGCCGGUGGUUCUUGGGGGGCCGACCUGGUGCCACAGGUGGGAAAGGUGCCGGGGGACUGCCAGGGGAAGCUGGCGCCGGCAGAGACCGCGGCUGCAGGCGGCAAAAUAAACAAGGGGGAGCGGACUGAAAGCUGGGCUGAAAGAGAAGGAGAGCGAUAAAGAGAAAGAAAAGAAUAUUAAAUCGCGAGAGAAUGAGAAAAUAACCCCGCCAAAGGGAGAGGAGGGGAGAGGCCGCCUGCUACGGCGUGGGUGGGGUCGACAAGAAUAGAGUACAUUAUGCAGUUCAUUUAGUUAACAAGGGAAAUAAUGAGGGAGCGUGCGGCGUGCAUGCCAAGAGAAGAGGCACAGAAAGCCUAUUGAGCGCCCCGGCGCCGCCAUCACAUGGCGCGGGCGCUAUUUAAAGCGGGCGGGCGGGCGCCGUUCAGCACCACUCGGGCUGGCCAGCGGCGCUGCGCGGGUGCUGCGCGGACGCUGCGCGGGCUCUGCGCGGGGCCAUGCCGCGCUCCUUCCUGGUGGACUCGCUGGUGCUGCGGGAGGGGGGCGAGAAGAAGGGCGAGAGCAGCCCCCCGCCGCCGCUCUUCCCUUACGCCGUGCACCCCUCGCACCCGCUGCCCGGGCUGUCGGCCGGCGCCUGCCACGCUCGCAAGGCCGGGCUGCUCUGCGUCUGCCCGCUCUGUGUCACCGCCUCCCAGCUGCACCCGCCGCCGCCCGCCAUCCCCCUCAUCAAGGCUUCCUUCCCCCCCUUCGGCUCCCAGUACUGCCACUCGCCCCUGGCCCGCCAGCAGCACUCCGUCUCCACCGUCAGCGUCGGGCACGCACCGGCGCUCUACCAGGGCGCCUACCCGCUGCCCGACCCCCGGCAGUUCCACUGCAUCUCCGUGGACAGCACGUCCAGCCAGCUGCCCAGCAGCAAGAGGAUGCGCACCGCCUUCACCAGCACGCAGCUCCUAGAGCUGGAGAGGGAGUUCGCCUCCAACAUGUACCUCUCCCGGCUGCGGCGAAUCGAGAUCGCCACCUACCUGAACCUCUCCGAGAAGCAGGUGAAGAUCUGGUUCCAGAACCGACGGGUCAAGCACAAGAAAGAAGGCAAAAGUAGCUCCCACCGGGGCGGGGGGGCCGGCCACAGCUGUAAAUGCUCGUCCCUUUCCACCACGAAGUGCUCAGAAGAUGACGAGGACUUGCGCAUGUCUCCGUCCUCCUCGGGGAAGGACGACAGAGGCCUCGCAGUCACCCCCUAGCCCCCCGCACACGCACUCUGCCCUCCCAAGAACUGUGGUGAAAGCAGGAUGGGGUGUUCGGUCUGCUGUGGUGCUGACAUGCAACCGAAGGAUUUUAUACCGUUUUGUAUAAUCUGUGUAAUUUACGAAGGAUUUUUCUGACCUUUCUAGACCCCCAGCCCAUGGGGGUGAGUGUCCGUGUUGUAAAUAAACAGCUCCCUAGGACCCAAGGCGCCCCAGUAGUGCUGUCUCAGUUGUCGCCCUGCAGGCUCAGCCCCGGACCCGGGAGGGUCCUCACAGACCUCCCGGUGCACCGAGCCAGGCGCGGAUGCUGCGGGACGACGGGUGAAGGGAUGCUGUACCGGGGCUCCCUCCGUUUACUCGGCUGUUCCCAAAAGCGGACGGAUGGGAGGGUCGGGACUGUUUGGGUUAUUAUAUCUAUAUAACUUUUUUAUUGUCUUUCCAAAAUUGUUCAGGUUUGGUUUUGACUUCGUCGCUGCCGGGCGCGCAGCUGUGGCUGUAUCGUUCCGUCCUCCUCCCUCAACCCCCGCGGGAGAUAUUUAUUUAUUUAUUUAUGUGCAGAGAAAUGGCAAUGAUAAUAAUGAUGGUGAUGAUGAUGAUGGUAAAAAUAAAA